AAUAAUUGCCAGAAGUCUGCAUAAAAUUAUUAUUUGCAAACUGGCAUAAAUUGGAAAUCAUAUUUAAUCAGUUAUACAUAAAGCUAAAAUUAGGAAUUUUUUAAAAACGGUGAACUACAUAAAUCUAAAGUAAAUUUCUUAAUGGACCAAUAAAUUCAGUCUGUCAUAUGUAAAAUUCGCAAUAUUUUUAGCAAAUGUGCAAAAACGACAAAUCUGAGUUCAGUUUCGAUGCGCAAUUCACGUAAGUGCGUUGCUGAUACAUAUUUGCUUUCACUAUCUAUCAAUUCUCGCCAUGUAUAAAUUGCUACUUUGCGAACUAUUUCCGUGUGCUGGGCAAACAUGAAAAGACUCAGAUUCCAUGAAAACGUGGACAAGUGCGACAAACGAAAAUCAUCUCUAGAGCAAAAAUUAUUAUGGUCAGUAAGUUAGCAGGACUCGGCACAAUAAGAGCACCCAUUUUAUCAAGUACAUGGAUAAGUAAACAAUAAAAUAAUACACUUUUCUCCAAAAUCACGAAAACUUAGCUAUCUUAAAUCAAAGCAUGAAUUCCGGAAGGACGCCGGGAUCCAAUUGGCACGACACGCUUCUUAAAAAUCAGGCCAAUUUCUCCGACGAUGAAAACGAGCCUCCCAAAUUAUCCCGCUUACUCGACCUCAUCGAAUGCCCGGUCUGCCGAGAAAUCCCAUCUCCUCCGAUUUACAACUGUGAAAACGGUCAUUUCGCCUGCGCCACGUGCUUACCACGCCUCACAACGAAUCGUUGCCCGUACUGCCUCGCGACUUUCACCAGGAUGAGAAACUAUCCACUCGAAUCGCUCGUUACGACGGGGUCCGUUCCCUGCGACUUUGUCCAGUUUGGCUGCACCCAGGAUAGCUUGACCUUGCUGGAGUAUGAACGCCACGUGGAGUCGUGUUGGGCGCAAAUUUGGCGUCCCGGAAAAAUUAUUCAGCAUUCAAAAAAGUCACAUGCCCACCCCCACGCCAAUAAUUCAUCCCCCCUUCAACCCUGUCCGCGAUGCCAGCAAGAAAAUUCCACGAGAAAAGUGAAAUGUCGCAAAUGUGAUGGAUCUCUACGACCACCGACCCCCAUGAAAGAACUCACUGCUUCCCAAUCUCAGCUCAAUUUCGUCUUUUGAAAAAAAUAAUACAAUUAUAAUUACCUUUGUGAAUAAAUACUGACGAAGUGAAAUUUCGUGAAAUUUUACGGGGGUAAAUUUCACGGAAAAGGAAAAGUUUUUGUAAUUUUGAUAACGUUCCAUUGUCAAUUAAAUUAAUUAAAUCAUGAAAAAUGUAUAUUACAUAAAUAUAUUAAAUUUUGCAAUCAUUUUUAAAUACUAAAUUAUGCGAUUAAAUUAUGAAUGUUAAAAACUUCUGUUUCACGCUAAGUAGUUGAGUUCAUCACAUGUUCAGCACCUUAGCCGAAUUAUUUUAUUUGACACUAGUUAUUUUUAUUUUGGCGUUUAAAUUAUUCAAUUCCGCACGAUUUCUAAUGUUUAAUUACUUAAAUCAUAAAGUAUGCAAAUAGAUCAGUGCAAAUAAAUUUUUAAUUAUGCAGUCUCUAUCAAUUUCGCUUUAAAAAAAUUAUUGAAAUGAAUACCAAAUUUAAAAAAAAAAAACAAAAAAACAGGGAUUUAGUAUUGAAAUAAUAAGCAAAAAAUAAUAUGCAAAUACAUAAAUCAUUCCACGUUUUUUCCAUAAAACACUCUUAAAUUUUCCUUUUAAAAACAUUGUGCAAAUAAAUCACAAAUUAUUCAAGCAAAUAUCUGUAUAUUAUGGAUUAUGCAAAUUAAAUUCUUGUCUUAUGUAUGCGAACAGACAGAUUAUGAAUUAAACAUGCAAAUCAGAAUAUGAAUUAAUUAUGAAUAUAAAAUCUUCAAAUAAAUAAUUCACACAUUUUUCAAUAUCUUCAAAACAACUAGAAUGGUUUUCUUUAUUCAGCAGCAACAAUUAUGUAUGUAUCAGUAUUUUGUAUGUAGUAGAUAAGUCGUGGUCACAAUUUUCCUUUAAUAACCACACACGAGAGAUUACUUAUUUAACCUAAAACGCAUAUUAUUUUUCAUAAAUUUUCUUAUAUUUCGUCAUCAUCACCAACCAACCAAAAACCGGGACUGUUUCCUUCAUUUUUUGUAUUUAUGUAGAUUACUUAUGUUUCACGACUUCUUCUUCUUCUGUAUAACAAUUAAUAAGCUUUAAAUUAAAUUAAAGUAACGGGGGGCAUUUAUCGUGGGGGGAAAGAUAACCUCACUAAAUAAUAAUUAACUAAUUAAUUAAAA